AUGGCACUGGCGGCCGCGGCAGCCAAGGGGCUCACUUUGUCAAGCCUCCGCCGCGCCCGAGCUUUGUGGGCCGAGGAGGUGCAGACGGUAACACUGAAAGAGCUAUGGGGUGGCAAGGACGCGGGGCAGUCAGACAAGGUCCUCUUCGCUCAGAGGACCCAUCGGCAGUUGAAGGUGCGAAUAGCCCAUCGGCUGCGCGACUUCCUCUUCCUUCCGUACAAGGCUCUGUCGGAGCCAGCGGUGCGUUGUCUCUACGACAAAUAUGUGGCCACGUACAACAUGCACGAGGAUUUUCGGGAGCUGCGCACGACAGAAGACGUAGCCGAGUACUGGGCCGGUCUUGCCGAGACCUUCGUCGAUCACCAGAAUGUCAUCUCACUGCUAGGCAUCGGCCGCCAGCGGAUCAUCAGACUGGAUGCAGGCUUGGCUGAGGUCUACGACAACUUCCUGCGCCGCUUCUUCGUCUCCCGGAUCGGCACCCACCUUCUGGGAUCGGCGUUCUUCCACCAGGUGCCAGCCCCACCAGGGCUGAAGAAACCCGCAGGUUCCGAAGCCGCAUGA